AUGGAGGACAGUGGAGGCAUUGCUCAGUGGUCCAACGACAGGAGUGGCCGGGGCGGCCGAGGCGAGAUGAUGGGUCGCGGUUCCAUGGGACCCACUGGCGGCUCACUGUCGCUCAGUACAUCUGUGCCCCCCACAGAGUCGCGGCGGCAGCGGACUUCGUCCGCCGCUGCACAGGCAAAGCACGGCGACAGUUCGAGCAAACGAGGGAGCAGGCGCGGCACAGAGGACACGCUACCGCCCAUUAACAGCAAGCGCCAGAGCCGAUCUGGCGAUCCAAAGAAGCCGGCGGCAGUGGCAGCCGCGUCGUCCGGGCGGGGCUCAGCUUCGAAGAAGGGGCGGAGAGCGACGGGCUCGCGCUCAUCCACGCCACGGGGCAGUGCCGUGGGAAAGCGAAGAAGCCACUCCCCAGCGGCGUCAAGGUCAGCCAGCCGCGCGUCUUCGCUCGGCAAAGCUGCAGCGUCUACGGGCUCAAAACAGCGUGGCAAGUCGUCUCGGGGGCCAAGUGCCUCUCGAUCGCGUGCGGGUUCGCGCGCGUCGACAGCGAAAAGGCGCAAAUCCACCAAGGGGAAGGGGCUCAGUGGCCCCGGCAGCAGAAGACGGUCCGUGAAGGGAAAGAAGGGAAAGGGGCGGCCGUCGUCAGCGCGUGGUGGUCUGAAGGAAGACGCGGGCGUUCCCGCUCUCGCGUCCUUUGCGGCAAUGGAGACGACGCAGCGCCUUGCUCUCGAGAAGGAGGAGGACUCCACACGUGAGUCCUUCUUGCCGGAUUACAACCUUCUCGUCAUGAACAUUGUUCGCUCGCAGUUAGCGGUGGUGAAUGAGCGACAGCAGUGCCUCAAUGAUACCUUCAAGGCUAUGCGUGCCCACGGUCUCCAGUUGGCGUCUGGGCAGGAUCCCAAUGCUGCAAUUGACAUGCUGCGGUUACAGUUACAGGCGGAAAUGCAGAAGCAGAUGGAUGAUAUUCGGGUGGAAAAUGGGUCUCUUCGUGGUCUGUUGGACGAAAAGAAAAUUGAGUUGGAGGAGAAAACUGCAGAGAUUCAGGGACUCCGGGACAAGGUUAACCGCAGACUGAUGCGCUUUGAGGUGGAGAGUGAAUCCUUGAAGGCCGAGGUGCAGUCCGUGUUGCAAACAAACCAGCUGGACGUGGACCGAAUGAAGCGGGAUCUUGGGCAUCGUCUCGAUGUGGCCACGGCAACGCUUCGCACCCCCAAGUAUGAUACGGCGUUGCGCUCCAUGCAGGAAAUUGUGCAAAGCGUGCAGGAGGAGAUUCAGGAGCACCAUGAUACUUUGAGCAAACUCAUUGUUUCUAUAGGGGCGCAGGACACUUUUUUGCGAGACAAGAGUGAUUCCAUGCACACCAACUUUCCAACAAGGUAUCGUGAUGAACUGCGGAAGCUAGACAAGGACCAUCUUCUUAACCUACUCGACGUGCUCUCAUUCCACGACGCCGUCGUAGAGACAGUGGGUAAAGCCCUGUACGUGCUGCAAAAGUCGGAGCAUACCACGAAUGUAUUUUAA